AACACACCCAGAAUCACAAGAGUUCAUAGCAUUAGAACAGUCCAAUGGAUUUCCUUGGGGAAAACAGAAGCUUGCUCAAACAUAUUUAGGACACAACACUAAUUGCAUGCAUUAACACUGUGUUUGUCCAGCAAUAGUCCCUCCUAUUUUGACUCCAACUCAACGGGAGGAACUGGAUCGGCUUCGGAGGAGCAGAAAGAGGAGUUUGAGGAACAGUAGGAGACUGAAGCAAAGGAUCCAGGUGGCCAUGAGAACCGCCAGGCGGGCCAGCAACAUGGAGGUGCCCUCCUUCCUGCGGCAGCUGGUGAAGGAAACCGAGAAGAUGGUGACCUUCUUCUUCAAGGGUGGCCGACGGGAGCCGGGAGCUGAUGAUGAGUACUCUGAAAACGAAGAGGACGUGCAGGGCAGACCCUACCUAGAACGGCCCGUUUUGGAGAAAGAGACAGCAGAAGGCGGGUCGAAAUUGGGCAUUAACUACGCCAUGGCCAGUAUGCAGGGUUGGCGUGCCGAGAUGGAGGAUUCCCACGCCUGCAUGCCAGAGAUGACCGAUGCCUUGCCAGACUGGAGCUAUUUUGCCGUGUACGACGGACAUGCGGGGAGAAUGGUGGCUCAGUACUGCUCCAAACACCUGCUGGAUUUUAUUCUCGACACAGGCUGUGUGAUGGUGGACGAGGAUACAGACCAGGUCAAAGAUGGCAUCAGAGUUGGCUUCCUUAACAUAGACCGUCACAUGCACACCCUGUCCCGCGAUGACAGCUGGGACCACAGUGGAUCCACAGCAGCUGCUGUCAUGAUCUCUCCACGAAACAUCUACUUCAUCAACUGCGGUGAUUCACGGACCUUCCUUUGCCGCGAUGGCCAGGUGGUCUUCUACACGGAGGACCACAAACCUAUAAACCCGCGUGAGAAAGAGCGCAUCCAGAACGCCGGCGGCUCCGUCACCCUGCAGCGCAUCAACGGCUCGCUGGCCGUGUCCCGCGCCCUUGGUGACUUCAGCUUUAAGGAGGUGGAAUGGAGGACUCAGACCGAACAGCUGGUGUCUCCUGAACCAGAGGUGUACGAGCUGCAGCGGAGCCCAGGAGAUGAGUUCCUGGUGGUGGCUUGUGAUGGAGUCUGGGACGCCAUCGGGAAUGAGGAGCUGUGUGCAUUUGUGCGCAACCGUCUGCAGGUCUGUGAUGAUCUGAGGGAGAUCUGCUCACAGGUCAUUGACCUCUGCCUCUAUAAGGGAAGUUUGGACAACAUCAGCAUCAUCAUUAUUUGCUUUGACGGCGCCCCCAAGGUGACCCCAGAGGCACUGCAACAGGAGGCGGAGCUAGAGCGCGUCAUUGAGCAAAAAGUGGCAGAGAUCAUUAACUUGAUCAGAUCUAAAGACAAGGAACCUGACCUGCUCUAUGUGAUGAAAUUCCUGGCAUCUGAAAAUAUCCCCGGCCUCCCACCAAGUGGAGGAAUCUCAUCCAAGAAAGAUUGCAUAAUUGGUGCAUAUCAAAAAUAUGCAGCAGCUUUCAGAUCUCUUGAUCCGAUGGAUACUGAUGACUCCAUCUAGUGGCCAUUACGAUGGAGCUCAAGAAUCAAGCCUUGGCUCUCUGGAAUGUAAUAAUGUGAGGAGGACGUUUGUGUGCCACCUGUUUUACAGAGGUCAAAUUAUUUAGCCAAACUAUUUCUUUUUUUAAAUCAAUGUUGUGUAUUGUAAACAGAAAUGGGGGAAGAUGAAGGUUUAUCAAAUGCUUUCAUGAAAGUAAAGCAUUAAACACGGACAUCAUGUUAAGAUUUUAAUGGAAAAUAUAAGGAUUUUACUUUACUUAAAGGUGAAGUGCGUAAUGUACCACUAGUGCCACCAGAUGGAAAUGUUAGUGUUUUUGAUUAAAGAUUUCAAGGGCACAAUAUUCCACUAUUAUUAUUAUUAUUAUUAUUAUUAUUAUUAUUAUUAUUAUUAUUAUUAUUAUUAUUAUUAUUAUUGUUAUUGUUAUUAUUAUUAUUAUUAUUAUUAUUAUUAUUUUUCAAAAAUAAAAAAUAAAUUAUGUUUUGAUAUGGAAACUUUAAAAUGCCACAGAGCCCAAGUUAUCAGUAAGAUUACAAAAUUAAAUUAAAUUAAAUUAAAUUAAAUUAAAUUAAAUUAAAUUAAAUUAAAUUAAAUUAAAUUAAAUUAAAUUAAACACUUAAUUGUCAAUCCACUUGUAUUUGGGAUACAUAACUGAUUCCCAUUAAAUUACACAAAUCACCUUUAAAUAAAUGUACCUUAUUAGCAGUAACACAUUUCUAUAUGUAUUUAAAUAAUUACUUUUAUGUAACAUUACAGUUAUAGGUUGUUUCAUGACUGACUUCAUGGCUGACCCGAGAUUUCCAAACAUAUUUAAGAUAUUUCAAUGUAUAAGUGCAUUAUAAAUAUGUUUGCUUUAUUUGUUAAUGGAUGUUAAGCUCUCUUUACUUUCAGAGAGCUUUGAUUUAUGUAACCAAACCUGUACAAUAUAUUAAAAUGAACAUCUGUAAAACUUUAUAAUGGGUA